AAAAUCCGUCAGAAAUCCAAAAAAUUUGAAAUGUGAACACAUAAAUGGGAAAUUUGUGAAAAAAUAUGGUCUACCUGGUGGAAAAAAAGAAGGCACAAUUCAACGUCUUGCCCAAAAUCAUCAAUGGCGGUAUUGCUGGAAUCAUCGGAGUUACCUGCGUGUAUCCAUUGGACAUGGUGAAGACGCGACUGCAAAACCAGCCAAUUGGGCCCAAUGGUGAACGUAUGUACACUAGCAUAGCGGACUGCUUUCGCAAGACAAUAGCUAGCGAGGGAUUCUUUGGCAUGUACCGCGGGUCCUUCGUCAAUAUCCUGCUCAUCACCCCCGAGAAGGCAAUCAAACUGACUGCCAAUGACUAUUUCCGGUAUAAGCUGGCUUCUGACGAUGGCGUCCUUCCUCUUCCGCUGGCAGGAUUAGCCGGCGGACUGGCAGGCCUCUUUCAGAUAGUCGUAACCACUCCAAUGGAGCUACUAAAAAUUCAAAUGCAAGAUGCAGGUCGAGUCGCCAGCCUAGCCCGAGCCGAGGGGCGCGAGGUGCAAAAAGUGACAGCUCUGGGUUUGACCAAGAAACUGCUCAGGGAGCGGGGAAUUUUCGGACUCUAUAAGGGCAUCACCGCCACCGGAAUUCGGGAUAUAACCUUUUCGGUCGUUUACUUCCCACUGAUGGCAACGAUUAAUGACAGUGGCCCGCGAAAAUCGGACGGUUCUGGAGAGGCUGUGUUUUAUUGGUCUCUAAUGUCCGGCCUUUUGGCAGGGAUGACUGCAGCCUUUCUGGUCACUCCGCUAGACGUGAUAAAGACUCGAUUACAGGCCGGGGAUAAAGAAUACGCCGGUGUUGGUGACUGCAUCCGAACGACAUUAAAGAAUGAAGGGAUAACGGCUUUCUUUAAAGGCGGUCUCUGUCGUGUCAUGGUUGUGGCUCCUCUCUUUGGUAUUGCCCAAAUGUUCUACUUCCUUGGAGUGGGUGAAAAAAUACUUGGAAUCCAGCAGAGGAAAUCUGUGUAAAUCUGUAAAAAAAAUUAUUUAAAGGAAAACAAAGAUAUAUUAUGUGAAAAGGUA